AUGUCGGCGGAACAGGCGCUGCGGGAGACGGCGGAGCUGUUGGAGGAGGCGGCCGCGCGGAACCCGGACUUCUGGCGGAGGCUGCGCGAGGAGAUCGGCCGGGUACGGCUGAACAGCGGCGGACGCCAGAGUCGGGCCACCCAGACGGCGGGCCCCAUCGUCGACGUCGGGGUACAGGCGAGCCCGACGACGGCCGAGCGGGCCGUACAGACGGACGCACCGGAAGAGGAGGCACGUCCGAUCCGGGGCGCCGAGCGGUCGACGCAGACCGACGCGCCGGAGGAGGAGGCACGUCCGGCCCAGGGCGCCGAGCGAGCGGUGCCGGCGGACGCACCGGAGGAGGAGGCCCGUCCUGCCCCGGGCCCCGAGCGGGCCGCAUCGCCCGACCUGCCGAGGACGAGCUGGACCAGCGCCGUGGCGAGGGCACACAGCCCUGACUGGCUCCGCCGCCCCUACCCGGGGUGUUGGAACUGCGAGGAGCGCGGGCACUACUAUAGCGAGUGCCCGCGCCCCCGCAACACCCGGCGGUUCUGUUUCCGCUGCGGGCGCCGGGGCACCACCCUGAAGGACUGCCCGAACUGCGGAGACGCCUGGAGGGCCGAGGGCCCAUGCGUCGAGGGUCGCGGCCGCGGACGGUCCACACCGGCCCUGCGUGGGAGCCAACUCCCGUCGCUGAGGCGGAGCGCCGCGGGAUCACCACCGUGA